AUGCCUUCCAAGCGAGACGAGAUCGGCCGGCAGCCAGCAACUCAUUUUUCCCCUCAACACUUAUCGAAGAAGACCAAGACAGAUCAGAAACUACCACCCGUGCUCACUGCUCUUUCCGCGAAUAAGCGCAAACGCUCCGCCGAUGAGCACACCGGCCCAGCUCUUAUACCAUCAGCCAAGAAGACAAAGCCAGUUCUGAACAACACAUCAAAAAGCUCCAAGAAACCUCUCGCGACCGCUUCCAAAUCUUAUGGAUUCAAGUCAACUCUCGUCCCACGUGGCACCCGCAAGAAGGCCAGCAUUGGCCACAAGGAUGAAUCCCUCCUUCGUAUGGUCUGCGACUGCUCCACCACCAACAGAGUCAUAGAGCUCCACUUCCGCAAGAUACCUCACUCAAUGAUUGACUGGAACUCCGCCCACCAUAUCAGCAAGAUCAACGCCUGGCGCAACCAGAUUUACGGCCGUGCCGGUCUCAAAGCCCGCUCCGUCAGCUUGUGGUACGAGAAAGAGGAGCUUUGGUUUGAGCUAUACUUUCAGCUUUGCAUCGUGGAGUCGCGUAAGCGCGGCUUCUUACUCCCUGGCAGUAGGAAGGUCCGCGAUGCCUUCAAUGCGACUUUCGUGGGUACUAUCAUCCAGGAUAAGGCCGGAAAUGACCUUCCGCCUCGUGCUGAACGUGAAGCCAACGCCUUUGCCUCGAAGUUCAAUCGCAUGUGUCCUGUACUCAGGGCUCGUCUCAAUAACUGUGUUUUCGGCAAGUCAGGAGAUACGUACAUACCCAAGAUUACGUUCAAGAUGAUGGAGGAAUACAAGACUAUGAAGGGGGAGAUGGCGGCCAAGGGUGUCGAAUGUGAGUCCGAGUAUGCAGAUCAUCUUGAGGACUGGCAGCACUUUCUUUCGCAUCUACCGGACCCUGAGGAUGCCGAAAUGCAGGAAGUGGCUACAGGGGAGGUGGAGGAUGUCAAGGAGAUGGAAGCGAAAGAAGUUGACGCUGUCACCGCAUUGAUCAGUCUGUCGCACUCACCCAUCAACUCUCAAGUCGAACUCUCACCUACUGCUGGAGUGUCUUGCAGUAUCGAAAUCACCAACGAGCACGCGACGCCUGAGCUAACCCGCUCGACUCGUACCUCGUUUUCGCACGCGAAAGAGAAUCCCUGUACCCCACCACAGCCAGUUCAUGCCUUCAAAGGUCGCAUUUACAAUCCCGAUGGCAUAUACGGUUGCGAUCACGGUACUAUCCAUGAAUGCAAGCAGCCGUCGGUUGCUAGCCCUUCCAUUGAGAUGCGCGCUGUCGAGGAUCACGUCUAA